UUUUCAUAGAGGUUUGAUUGCGACUGGCGAUAAAUUGCAUUGCAUGAUUGCAAUUUGCAAGUGACAUUGUAAAUGUUCCUUGCAUUGUUAAUUUUUAACAACAGAGGUCAAUUUGUGUAUAAAAUAAUCACGGUUUUGGUAGAAAAGUUAACAAAUAACAUUUAGUAAAACUUAUGAAAAUAUAUUAGCUAAGAAUGUCCAGCGCCGAUCGAAUUGAUUUUGAAAUGGAAGUGGAAGUGGAGAGUGCUUCGUCAGGACCACCGGUAGAUGUGCCAAACCCGACGUCCCCAGCUCCUCCUGCCGCUGGAAGCACCAAAAGCGUAGUAGUAACCACUGCAACAUCGGGUUCAGUUACCGUAUCCCUACAUCCGCUGGUAAUAAUGAAUGUGUCUGAACAUUGGACGAGGUUACGAGCUCAGGAAGGUUCACCUCAGACAGUAAUUGGAGCUCUCAUUGGCAAACAGAAGGGCCGAAACAUAGAAGUAAUGAAUUCAUUUGAGUUGGUGUUUAGUGUCAUUGAUGGUGAUAUAGUCAUAGACAGAGAUUACUACAAUUUAAAAGAAGAACAGUUUAAACAAGUGUUCUCGGACAUGGAUUUUCUGGGCUGGUAUACUACUGGUGACACCCCCACAGAAAGGGAUAUUGCUGUGCAUAGACAGAUCUGUGAUAUCAACGAGUGUCCAGUGAUGCUGAUGCUAAACCCCGCUGGCAUUAAAGGAGAUCAACUACCAGUAGUGUUGUAUGAGUCAGUCAUAGAUGUGGUCAAUGGUCGUGCGACGAUGCUGCUUGCGCCGCUCUCCUACACCCUGGCCGCGGAAGAGGCGGAGAGGAUUGGGGUUGACCAUGUCGCUAGGGUGUCAUCUGGAGAAGCUGCGCUCAAUAGCUUAGUGGCAGAACACCUAACCGCUCAGCGGUCGGCUAUCAAAAUGCUUGUGUCUCGUGUACGGGCGGUGUUGGCCACAGUGCGUGCGAUACGCGACGGCACUCUAGCCCCCAGGCCGGCGCUACUGAGGGAAGCUAGAGCCUUGUCUAACAGACUCCCGCUGCUCACUUCACAACAGUUCCGCACUCACUUCUAUAAUCAAUGCAACGACGUGGCCCUCAUGACCUCGCUAGGCACGAUCACCAAGGGCUGCAACGCGAUCAAUCAGCUCGUGAACCGGUUCAACGUGCUAUACGACCGACAGGGGAUGGGCCGGCGCAUGAGGGGACUCUUCUUUUAGAGUGGACGGUAAUAGACAAUCAGGCUUCUCUAAUUGGACCUAGUUAUUCAAAAAUUGGCUAACCUACAAAUUUUUAUUUUAUUCAAUUUAACUUUUAUAAGUACUUUUGAAUCAUCAAAUGCAUCUACCACUGGUUCGGAAUGCCUUUCCGUCCAAAAGUGAGUAAAGUAAUUAACUCUCAUUUGUUAUAAUAUGAUCUUACAUUAUUUCCACCAACUAUUAGAGAUAAGAAUGUGUUAAAGCUCUGAAGUGAUGUGAAUAGCACAAACUGAUCUUUUACACAAUUAAAAGUUAGUUGAACCAUGAGUUAUCACAAGUUAAACUUCAUUUUCUUCUAAUUAAUGUGAUGUGGCUUGGCUUGGACCUUUUUGAAUAACUGGGUCUUAAUGUUCAAAAUAACUUAUCUUCAUCGUCGGUUGUCAAAAAGUGUUUGUGAUAAAUUAGUGCUCACUCACGAUUGAGCGCUUAUUUUCGAUUUUUCGAAAGUUCUUUAGACAGAACGCCAAUGUGAACUCGUUUCACGAUGUUGCGGUAGAUAGGUAUGCUUUAUUUGUAAAGUGAGGGUUAUGUUAAACUGUAUGUUUAAAUGUAGAUUUGUACUUUUAACUGCUAUAUAAUGCAUACAUUUUGAGAACGCAUUUUCCAUAUUUGCUCUAUGUAUCAACUGUCAUGGCAAUAGUUUGGUGUAGGUCACAUAGAACAAAUCUGGCGAGUGCGUUCUCAACAUGUACGCACUAUAGCGAGGUUAUAGUGCUAAAAACCAUUAAGUCACACUCAACGCAAUAAAGACUUAUUGGGCUUUUUCACAAUGCCCUCGAUACCAUAAGACAAUUAAUAUUUAAAACCACCUCAGAUAUUAAGGACACAGACUAAAAUAAUGCUUCAAAAUGAAAUUAGUUGCCAAUUGCCAUCUUCCAUUGCCAACUGCCAUUUUCCAUCUUGCUAUUCCUGAUUUAAGUUCUCGUUCCUUGAACAUCUUUUAAUGCUAUGUUGAAAAAUAUUAAUCUCUUCAACUACAAAAACCUUCAAAUUUUUGCUGUUGCUAUGAAAAGAUUGUAAAGGUGAAGCGUGUACCAACAAAUGCCGACUGAACAUGUUAAAACGAUUAGAAAUAAUUAAAUAGUAAUUAAUUACGAAGUUUGCGUUUUAUUUUGUACAUUUUCAAUUUAAUGUUAUUUCGUAACUAAAUUAGUGACGGUCAAAAUACUUACAUUUUCCUAAUUUUCGCCUGCAUGCCAAGAGUUUCUUCCAACCUACACAAGUUUUAAUACGGUUUAAAAAAUAAAAUAAAAUACGGGAAGGUGACGCAAUAAUUUUAUUAGCAUCAUCAGGUUUGGUUACUUCAAUUAAUUACAUAAAAUCAACAAACUUUGGACACAUUGAGAUUCAUACUAUGGAAGACCUUUUCAAGUUUAAGACCUGUACACUGGAUACCAUACAACAUAGAAUGUAAAAACGUGUCCUUUGGUUUAUAUUCUACUUAAAGUAAAUUUGUAAAAAAAACCAAAUAGCGUAGCGUAGGUUUACAUCCGUAUAUUGCGCGUGGGUAUAUUAUUACCGUAUAUUGUGGCAAAGAGCGGGCCUUUUCCUACUUAAAUUGAAUGUUUUUAUAGUAUGUUAUUCAAUCGCGCGCAAAAGCCCGUGUACGGCGUGGAGCUUUCUUAUCGUGCAAGGAUGGUUCAAGGAUGGCUCAAGGAUGGCUGAGUGGAGCAAAAAAGGAGGCGGCGAGCGAUGUAAGCUGGCGAUAUACGUAGCGAAAAGAAGUAUGGGUAGGUGUAGCUUAAUGAAGAGACGAUGGAGCGAGUCUUCUAGCAUAGCUCAUUAAAAACAGUCAGUUAGUCAGUCAUUCAUUCAGCCAGUUAAGACCUAAUAACUUCCGGUAAAAUAUCACUAGUGGUGUUAGUAAUAAUGAUAGUUCUUUCAUGUAGGAUAUUUCUUUUUAUAAAAGGACCGCUGGCAUAACAGACACUUCCAAUAAAAAUUGAACCUUAUUGUUUUGCGAUAAGGAACAAAUUUUAAAAGCUAACUGCACCAAUGGCAGGAUGUUGCUUUUAAUUAAACAGCUACUUAAGUCGGCUAUUAAUUUAUGUAUAUUUAAGAGCCCUUGUUUUGGUUCGCAUCACCACGCUACGCUACGUUUUAUAAAUUUAUAAACGUUUUUAGACAAUUAUUAAUAAGAACAAUUGCAAUAUAUUUACAUACAAUAAUUAUAUUUUUUUGAAUACCUAUCUGAAUAGUUGAAAUUAAUAUUAACGUGUUUUUAUUACGAUUAGGUACUUUUAUGCGACUUCAAUAUGUCACUUUCUUAAGUGUAGUGAUUAGGUGUAGGUAGUUACAAUAAAUUAUAUCUAUUCUAGGUUAAAUGUAUGUAUACGUAUUAAAACGUUUUAUUUAUAGAUUUUUUUACAAUUCAUAAAAAUCCUACAAUAGGUAUAAAUUGAUAUACACACAGUUGUACUGAUAAUUUUGUACAAAAAUAUUAAAUUUAAUUCGAAUUAUUUUUUUAUAUUGCUUUUAAGUGUUUCUAUUUUAGACACUACUAAUUCAAUUGCACAAACAUCGUAUAUUUAUAUAUCCUAAGCCACAGCUGCCAUAAUCACAUACUAUUUAUAAUUUGUAGAUUAGAUUUACUUAUCAAAAUCAGAAAAGUUGAAAUAAAUGCAUCAGAAUUAUGGUAUAUUGAGCGCAGAAAAUAACUUGCAUGAUAAACAUAAUAAACGUGCUUUAUUACAUAAAAAAUCUAAUUAUGGUCCUACUUUCAAAUACAUAAGUAGAUUUCUUGGUCUUCAUAAGCUUAAGCAUCUUAUUUCAAAUUAUAUGAAAUUCAAAGUUGCUCUGAAAGAAACCGCAUCGCAUAUCUAGCAUGUUCAAUCCAAUUAAUAAAGUAAUAAACCAUAUUUUGUUUGUGUAAAUACUUUAAAUACAAUUUGUAAUGAUUAUUUAAGCAUAUUAAGCACAUAGUCACACAGAAAUUCCGGCCUGUUCUAUCAAUUUGUAUAAGAGCCCCUUCACACUGGUGUUUCUCCAACACAGAUAAGAUGCCGCGAGAUCAUGUUAUCGUUUUGAUAUUGUCAUUAACAAGUAUAAGAGUUAUUAGGCUAUUAUGAAUCUGGCAUAAUUGCAUAGUGAUUAAAAUAUUCAAAAAAAUUAAUUUAAAAAAAAAUUAUAAGAGCCCCUUCACUCUAGCGUUUCUCGAGUGUAGGCGUUUUUGGAACGUAUGACGCUGCGACUACUUGACGCUAGCGAUGCGUUACUGACCGCUGAGUUAGCAUCGCGCAAACGCCGCUGCGUGAUCACGUUAUUGUUUUGGUAUUUAAAAAUUUAUUCCGAUGAGGAAACUAUUGGCUUUACUAUUAAAAAUAAUAAUAAUAACGAAAGAAAAAAGAAAACGAAAGAAUACAAUAAAAAACCAUGGGAGAACCAACUAUGGAGUUUGCACCAAGUGAAAGUAAUUAUUUUGUGCUAAUUUGUAGACACAUAAAAAUAACUUUAAAUAUUUCAAUUCUUACUUUCAAAUAUCGAAACCUCGGUCGAAAAUUUGAUGGCUUUGUUAGAAAUAAUACAAAAUU